AUGCAUAUUGUUUCAGUUGUGACUUUGCUCCUGGGCAGCAUCUUUGCCUACUCGCUGGCAGCUCCUCAAUACGGAGGAUCGCAUUCUGCUCCUAGUUCUGGUUAUUACACCUUGACUGCAGCUCUGGCCAAUUUGGCUAAGGAACUUGCAGCACAGAGAAAUACAACAUUGACAGUUGGCAACAGUUCAACAAUUGUUUCGGGCAUCUCCAGCUCCAUUGCCAAUGCUCAUAUCGAUGGCAAUCGCAAUCCUGGACAUGGACAUGGACAUCAUCAUCAUCACAAUAAUGGCUGGAACAAUGGCUGGAAUAAUGGCUGGAACAAUGGCUGGGGAUACUGGCGUGGUGCUGCUGAGGAAGAGGGAGAUUACAAUCUGGAUGGUGAUGAUGCCUAUUUUGAAGAAAAUUAUAAUGAAAAUGAAGGUGACGCUGACUCCAAAGAUGACUUGAAGCUCUAA